AAUACCUGAGAAUAUUCUUUGUAUAUUCUUUGUAUAUUGCAAAUAGUAAAUUAACUUGAUUGAUUCUUAUUCAUUUUUCUGCUCUUGUUUUACUCCUUUUUGUUCUGAGUUGAACUUUGUUGUUUUACAACAACUUACAGCAAUUGAAUUGUUUCAUCCAGUUAUGUUCCUCAAUACUGUUGCAUUACUAUUAGGAGUGGAACUUAUUCUACUCUACUCUGGAUUGGGAGAUGGUAUUAUCACUGACUUUCAAUGUACUGAUGGGCCAGUAUGUGCAAGGGAUAGGGUAAAAUGCAGGUGCACAUCAGAUACUGGUACUCUAGACUGGUUCAUAUGUUAUGGUCCAGUAGACCAUGUAAUGUGGAGCCAAAACCUAAGUGUUUCAUUUAAUAAAGCUACAGCAAAUGAAGAAUAUCAUUAUGGUUAUAAUUUCACAUUUAAUACGACUUAUACAGGUCUAAACACUUCAAUACUGACCUUUAAUCUUAAUCACUCUGAGAGUGUACGCAUUGAAUGUGCAAAUGGAGAUUAUGGUGAUAAAAUGAACACAACAGUUACUGAUUUAGGUUAUUAUGCAAAAGCACCGACAAACUUAACAACAACCUUCAAUGGAAGUGGAGUUACUUUACAAUGGGAGGACACUAGGAAUAACUGUACUUCUACUGAGUAUCAAGUGACUGUUAUUAGUUGUUCAUGUACAUCAACCGAGUGUAUUGAU